AUGGCCAGGGGAAUCAACAAAGUCAUCCUAAUUGGUAAUCUGGGCAGAGACCCGGAAACGCGUUAUGCGCAGAAUGGUGGUGCGGUCACCAACUUCAGUGUGGCCACUUCAGAAUCCUGGCGCGAUAAAGCCAGCGGUGAAAAUCAGGAGCGUACUGAAUGGCACAAUGUUGUGUGCUUUGCGCGUCUGGCAGAAAUUGCAGGCGAAUACCUGCGUAAAGGCUCAAAGGUCUACAUAGAAGGCAGUUUGCGCACCACCAGCUGGGAGCAGGAUGGCCAGAAAAAAUACCGUACAGAAAUUAUGGCCCGCGAACUGCAAAUGUUAGACAGCCGCGGUGGUAAUAUGGACGGCGGUAUGGGUGGCGGCAUGGGCGCUGACCAGGGCUCACGCAGAGCGCCGGCGGGUGCGCCAACAGGGUUUGAAUCUAAUUCACCCGCAAUGGCGGACAAUGCACCGACACUGUCUGACGAUACCGACUUCGAAGACGAUAUUCCGUUUUAG